CCCCCACCUCCACACCACUUUCGACUUUGGGCCAAUGAGCAUUCCACCAAAAAAGGCGUCGGCGUCGGCCGGCGUGAUCUGGGCUGAGCCUAUCAAAGCUUCCGCGCCAUUCUCCAUUCUCCAUUCUCCAUUCUUCCUUCUCCGCUCCCGGCUACCUUUCACUAACCAAGUGCAUGUGCUACUACUACUACUGUAUGUACAAUCCCUCAAUGUGGCUUGUCAAACAACCACAAUCCCUUGCAACUACCCGAUCUCAUUGCUACUCUCUGCUUGCUGUUCAGAGAAGCUUAGAGGAUCUUGUUGCAACAGAGAUUUUCGGCUGGUGGCCUGGAAUUGAGCAGCCCAUGCUGGAGAAUCUGAUAAUCCUGGGCAACACCGAAAAACUUUUUUCUAUCACUUGCAAUCUUGAUGCUGACAGACUUGCUUCAC